AUGCUGCGCCUCUGUCUCUGUGUGAUAGCCGUGCUUCUGCAGCCUGCACACGGCACGUACAACUGCUCCUCUCAGUACAACAAGGUCCCAGACAACAGCGACCUGUCGGUGGAGUGCGGUCCCAGCAUCAUCACUCUGGAGGUGAACCUGUGCACGGCACAGUGGGCCGGGUUCGACCCCACCGGGCUGGCUCUGAAUGGUCAGCACAACAACAGCCUAUGCCAGGGCACCAUCGACUCCAGCGUGGACCCGCCCGUCAUCCGCUACCAGCUGCCUGUCAACCACAGCCAGGAAAACCCCUGUCGGCAGUCUCUGCAGAUUGUUGACGAGACCCCUGGUCCUGGGAUCUUCAGCUCCUUCUCCACCAUCCAGUCGGUGGUGAUAACGGGGUACAUCGACACCCCCCGGUCCUCAGACGGGAUCAUCAGCUACUCCACAGACCUCUACUACCACUUCUCCUGCCGCUACCCGCUGGAGUACCUCCUGAACAACACCCAGAUUGUGGCGUCUUCAGUCUCAGUGGCCACAAGUGACAACAAUGGCACCUUCAUCAACACCCUCAGCAUGGCCGUGUUCAAUGACACGGAUUACACACACCCGCUGGCUGUCCCGGAAACGGGACUUGAACUGCGCACCAAGGUCUACGUGGAGGUCAAGGCCACCAACCUGACCGGAAACUUUCACGUGCUGCUGGACCACUGCUUCGCCACACCGUCCCCCUUCAAUGUGUCCCUCGGAGAGAAGCAUGACUUCUUCAUCGGGUGUAACGUGGAUCAGAGGACCACCAUCCAGCUAAACGGGGCUGAUAAGAACUCCCGCUUCUUCUUCGAGGCAUUCCGGUUCGUGCAGCACCGGGACCGGGAGAAGUCCAGCCUAUACCUGCACUGCAUCCUCAGGCUGUGUGAGCCCAGCAACUGCCAGAAAGUUCUGGACGUUUGCAGCAAGAGGAGGAGGAGGAGAGAGGUGGUUCCGUUUGGGUCGGAGUCUGCAGAUUCAGCCACAGUGUCUGUGGGGCCCAUCUACACCCAAGCUGAGGACGCUCCAGGCCAGCCCUCUUCUGCUGCGUACAGUGGCUCUGAGAGCACAGACAGCCCCAACGUCACAGGCCUGGUGGUAGGCCUCAUCUUCGCCUGCGCCGGGGCAGCCAUGCUGGUUGUGGGUGCUUGGUUCGCCUUCAAGAAGUUCUACCUGGGGGGCAUGAUGCCCCGCAGCUUCAACUGA